AGCAGCUGGUGGUUCUGAUGAGAGGGUCUGGAGCAGAGAGAGGUAGAGAGCUGUAGAGAGGUUGUUCUGUUGAUGGAGGAAACAACAACAACAACCAGCUAGUCAUCAUGAGGGGCCCUGAAACACUGAUCUGGACCGCUCUGCUCAUCCACAAGGUGGUGGGAGAGUACGGCAUGGCCCAUUUCAGUGACGAGGGCAAGAGCAAAGGGAAGGAUUACUGCAUAUUCUUCAACUCACAGUGGGCACGUCUACCUCAGGACCUCAACAAGGCAUCACGUCUUCAGAUCUAUGACCUCACAACAUCGAUCCUGUGCUCGCCCUCUGACGUCCCGGAGGGAGGCUUCCCGAAUCGCAUCCUCAUGGUGAUGAGAGGCAACUGCACUUUCUACGAAAAGGUCCGACUGGCCCAGAUUAACGGCGCCAAGGGCCUGCUCAUUGUCAGCAAGAACAGACUGACACCACCAGCAGGAAACAAGACUCAGUAUGAGGAGAUUGACAUUCCUGUAGCACUGCUCAGCUACUCUGAUUUGCUGGACAUAGGCAAGAAAUUUGGCGAAGGAAGACAGGUCGCCAUGUACGCACCCAAUGAGCCGGUGUUGGACUACAACAUGGUGAUCAUCUUCUUGAUGGCAGUAGGAACAGUCGCCAUCGGCGGUUACUGGGCCGGCAGCAGAGACAGCAAGAAACGCUACAUGAAGCACAAGCGGGACGACGGCGCGGAGAAGCAGGACGAGGAGACCGUGGACGUCACCCCCAUCAUGAUCUGUGUGUUCGUGGCCACGUGCUGCAGCAUGCUGGUGCUACUUUACCUUUUCUAUGACAGCCUGGCCAUCUGGGUCAUAGCCAUCUUCGGUGUGGCCUCCUCUGUCGGCCUCCACAGCUGUCUAUGGCCUUUUGUCAGGAGACUCCCUUUCUGCAAGUGCAGGGUCCCAGAGAACAACUUGCCAUACUUGCACAAACGGCCGCAGAUCCGCAUGUUGCUGCUGUCGGCCGUUUGCAUCAGUAUCAGCGUCACCUGGAUGGUGUUUCGCAACGAAGACCAGUGGGCGUGGGUGUUACAGGACGCCCUGGGGAUCGCCUUCUGUCUCUACAUGCUCAAAACAGUCAGACUCCCCACAUUUAAGGCUUGCACCUUAUUACUGUCGGUCCUUUUUGUCUACGAUGUUUUCUUCGUAUUUAUUACACCCUUCUUUACAAAGAGUGGGGAAAGCAUAAUGGUGGAGGUCGCGGCUGGUCCCUCUGAUUCCUCCACGCAUGAAAAGCUCCCCAUGGUGCUCAAAGUCCCGAGGUUAAACUUCUCUCCCCUGGCUCUUUGCGACCGGCCCUUCUCCCUCCUGGGCUUCGGUGAUAUCUUAGUACCAGGUCUUCUGGUGGCGUACUGUCACAGGUUUGACAUUUUAACACAAUCCUCCAGGAUCUACUUUAUGGCCUGUACGAUCGCUUACGGCAUCGGCCUGCUGAUCACCUUCGUGGCCCUGGCCAUGAUGCAGAUGGGUCAGCCGGCUUUGCUCUACCUGGUGCCUUGCACUCUGCUCACCAGCCUCACUGUAGCGCUGUGGCGCAGGGAGUUGCCCCAGUUCUGGACUGGAAGUGGAUUUGUGCCUCCCAUAAUGCUCGCACCGAUCAACUGUACACAAACCGCAGCGCCGCCGUCGACGAAGGAUCACUUGAAUAAACCGGGGCCACAAACCACAGAAGAAGAUUCACCUCAUUACCCGCCUCAGGAAACGCCCCGCGACGAGAAAGAACAAGAGGAAAACAAAUCUAACUGAAAGGACGUCUAGUACGGCAUUUUACAUUUCACUUCAUGUUUUUAUUUGUUGUUGUUGUUUUUUCUACGUUGUGUCUCAGUCAAUGGACAUUUUAAGUUCAAACGUUUUAUUUGCACUUGGUGCGAAGGGAAGAGCGGAGUGGCCGACUCAGCGGAGCGCCAGGAUUGGACACACAUGGUUGAGGCAUUGAAACCGACAAACACACCCAAGUAUAAAACCUGCACAGCAGCCCCGA